AUGACAACAACAGUCGCAGCUACUACAUUAAGUAUAAAUAUUCAUUUAUCACCGGAUGAAGUAUUAUUCUAUGCAAAUGAUACAUUUUAUGAAUUUGUUGAACAAUGUCUAGACGUGUUAAAAGUUGAAUGUGAAGCUUUGAACGAUAUACAAACCCGUGUAUGUUUUAGAUUGAAAGACAAUACAUAUAUGGUGAAACCGGGUACAGUAGCAGGUGUUGAAGAUUUUGUUGGGACGUUAAGAGCAAAAGACAGAGAAUAUUUGAAAAAAAUUGAACAACAACGUAAAAAAUCCCAACGAGAGGCAGAUAAUGAUGAAUCAGCAAAUACCAAUCAAACACCUGCCUCACAACCAUUGACUGCUAAUUCUUCUGCUGGAUCUUCAUUAGCGUUAUUAUCGACCGAUAAUUCUCCCUCUACGCCCUCAAAAGCGCUUCCAAGUAUCAAUGAUUGUAAGCAAUCAAUUAAUGAAUUUAUUGGAAAGUGGUGUAAAUCACACACACCAGGUAUUUUAUUACAUGAAAAUGGAAUUUACGAUAUAUCACAACUACCACCAGAUAUUCUGUCAUACUCUAAUGGUCAGUUUUUUGAUUUUAUAAAAAAGUACGUAGGUACAGCUGAAUGUGAAAUCCUAGAAAAACAAGCGAUUACAAAUGUUCGAUUACUAUUACGUAUAAAACAUCCGUUUUCACUGUUUGAUGUUAAUUGUGAAGAUUUAGUUGACCUCAAGAGACGCGCUUGUUUUAUUUAUCCAAACACAAAUGAAUAUGUUGUUCGACCAGGCAUUAAAUACAAUAUUGAGUAUGUGACUGAAUUAUUGCGAAGAUUUCAACAAAAUUUCGAUAAACUAAAUAAUAAUGAUACUAAUUUAUUCAAGACAACAACGACAUGUUUACAAGCAAAUGAACAACCAGCUACUUUAUUGAAGAAUUUAAAUGAUUUUGUGAAUAAUAGUCGUGAACAAAAUGAACACCAACCAUUUCUUUUUGCAUUUCUUGAAAAUAUUAUAAAUAAUCUAGGUCGAUCUAAAAACAAUUACGAAUACAAUGAAUAUGUUCAACGGUUUGCAACAGCACUGCAUAUACUAGUUGGUAGCAACACGUACGAAUUUAUACGUAUUAAUUUACCCGGUGCUUUACCAUAUGUUAGUACUCAGGAGCAACAUAAUAAAAAUAUUGAUCUAAAAAUGAAUGAGUGUCAAUUUCGAUUUGAUCGAUUGAAAGGACAUCUUGAUACAAUUAAUUCGAAUUUUGUAUAUUUAUCCGAAGAUUGUAGUGGAGUGGUCAGUAAAAUAUCCUACGAUGUAAGUACGAAUUCUUUUGUUGAUUUUGUACCUUCUCUUCACAAAGGAAUACCACAAACUUCUUCUUACCAAACCGAUGACUUUGAACAAUUACAAGAACGGUUUAUGACAAUCGCCAAAUCAUCACUGAUCAACAUUCAUAUGGUGGAACCGUUGUUACCAUCGUUAACUUCAACGACAACAACAAUGUCUACACAACCAUUUAAAUCGAGACCAUUUCUUUUAGCUACUUGUGUUUUUAGAUACUAA